AUCAACAUCAAAGGGGUAGGAGGAGCGCAGUCACCACUCCAAAGUGCCUGCACACUAUUGAUUGAAGGCCCUGAAGACUCUCGUAAGUUUGUGUUCACAGUACCCUCCAUCAACGCAGCAGAACCCUCUCGAUGCUAUCACUGGACCAUCCUGCCUCAAGGAAUGAGAAAUAGCCCCUCUGUGUGCCAGAGAGUCAUCGCAGAGGUCUUGUCUCCAAUUCGUCGGCAGUUUCCCCAGACCAUCCUGUACCACUACAUGGAUGACAUCCUACUGGCUGCUGAAUCCAAGGAGCAACUCGCACAACUUCAUUGGACUGUGAAAGCUGCUCUGUCAAGACACGGUCUUGAGGUUGCACCGGAAAAAGAACAAAUGACAAUGCCAUGGAAGUACCUCGGAUAUCACAUCAAUAGCACCACGAUUCAACCUCAGAUGGUUGCCUUACCCUCCAACAUCCACACCUUAAAUGACUUACAAUCUUUGCUCGGUUUAAUUAAUUGGGUUAGACCUCUCCUAGGUAUAACAACAGACUCUUUAAAACCACUAUGCCAGCUUCUGAAAGGGGAGGCGGAUCUGACAUCCACUUGACACCUGACACCAGAAGCCCGAGCAGUGUUACAGGACAUAAAUCAGAGACU